UCGUGUUCACUGCCUCGCAUAAGCCGAACGUCGCUGAGCAGCAGUAGCAGCACCAUCAGUAUCAUCUCAAAAAGGACGACGAGUGUCUCAAGCAAAACGAAAGCGAAACCGAAAACAAGAAUUUAAAAAAAUAAGAAAAAAAAAAAAAUCCGUUACAAACAAAUAAUCUGCCAGUGGUUGUGUUAAGACUUUCCAAACUUUCAUGCAUUAGAAAGCGGAUUUAAAAAAAAAAGUACGGAACAGCCUUCGAAAGAGUUUUUUUCGCACAUGCGCGAACUUCGCACAAAAAAGCUAAAAAGCAAAGGCAAAUAACAAAAAAAUAGAUAAAAACUACCAAAAAGGAGCAGCCAACACUGACACACACACACAACUCCAACUGCGUGUGCGUGUACGUGUACAUGUGUAUGUCUGUAUGAAUGUGUGUGCUUGUGUGCUUUGCGCGUUUUUUGUUUCGCACGCACUUUUAUCGCCGUUUUGUUUAAUUUAACGGUGCCGCGGUCAAGUGUAGAGAGCGCGAAAGCUUCCACAGCAGUCGCUCCUGUUCCCAAUUCCGCCCACGCCCGUUUUGGACCAAAAACUUUUUGAGAUUUGCUCGGAGUUGCCGCAGCAGGCGUAAGCAGCAGUAAGAUGCAGAACUGGGAGACGAGCACCGCAGCGCCCAAUUAUGAGCAGCACAAUGCGUGGUACAGCAGCAUGUUCGCCGCCAACAUCAAGCAGGAGCCCAUCUCGCAUCACCAUCACCAUCAUCAUGCUCAUCACAGUCAUCAUCAGCAUCCGCAUGACAGCAACAGCAAUAGCAAUGCAAGUAGUCCACACCAAUCGCCGUUGCCCUCACCCAAUCCACCCAGCAACACCAAUCUGCAACUGGAGCAAUACCUCAAACAACAGCAGCAGCAGCAACAACAACAACAACAACCCAUGGAUACACUUUGUGCUGCUGCCAUGACUCCAUCGCCGAGCAACAAUGAUCAGAAUAGCUUGCAACACUUUGAUGCCACCCUGCAGCAGCAACUCUUGCAGCAGCAACAAUAUCAGCAACACUUUCAGGCAGCACAACAACAACAACAGCAACAACAGCAACAGCAGCAACAUCAUCAUCUGACACUGGGCGGUUUCAAUCCGUUGACGCCGCCCGGUUUGCCCAAUCCCAUGCAGCACUAUUAUGCUAGCAAUUUGCGUCCCAGUCCAACAGCAACGACAACAACAACAACACCUGCUGCUGCUCCAACGACAACAGCAGCAACAAUUGCACUGCAAGCCAAUGACAAAUUACAGGCACUAACUCCACCCAUGGAUGUAACGCCACCAAAGUCACCGGCCAAGUCCCAGCAAUCCUGUGCGGAGCCAGAGAAGGAGCAUGAUUUAAUGUCCAAUUCGAGUGAGGAUAUGAAAUAUAUGGCCGAGUCGGAGGAUGAUGACACCAACAUACGGAUGCCCAUCUACAAUUCGCAUGGCAAGAUGAAGAACUACAAGUGCAAAACGUGCGGCGUGGUGGCCAUUACCAAGGUGGAUUUCUGGGCGCAUACGCGCACCCACAUGAAACCGGACAAGAUACUGCAGUGCGCCAAGUGUCCGUUUGUCACCGAGUUCAAGCAUCAUCUGGAGUACCACAUACGCAAGCACAAGAACCAAAAACCGUUCCAGUGCGACAAGUGCAGCUAUACGUGUGUGAACAAAUCGAUGCUCAACUCGCAUCGCAAGUCGCACAGUUCGGUGUAUCAGUAUCGGUGUGCCGAUUGUGAUUAUGCCACCAAAUAUUGUCACAGCUUCAAGUUGCAUCUGCGCAAGUAUGGUCACAAGCCGGGCAUGGUCCUGGAUGAGGAUGGCACACCCAAUCCCUCGCUGGUCAUCGAUGUCUAUGGCACCCGACGUGGCCCCAAAAGCAAAUCGCUCUCGGGCAACGGCAACUCCAGCAACUGUUCCAGUUCCAGCAGCAACAAGCGCAGCAGUGCAACAGCUGCAACAUCUGUGCAGCACCAGCAACCAGUUAUUCCACCAGCAGCCACAUCUCAGCUAUCGGCUGCUUUGCAAGGAUUCCCAAUGCCAGCGGCGGCUGCAGCAACUGCAGUUGCAACAACUGUGCCGCCCGUGUCGCCACCGUCGCCAGCGAAGAGUGUUGCCAGCAGCGUUGAGCAGGCGCCCAGUUUGUCGAACGCAUUGCUGCCACCUUUGGCCAGUUUGUUGCAACAGAAUCAUCGCAACAUGGCCUUCUUUCCCUACUGGAAUCUCAAUCUGCAAAUGCUUGCCGCCCAGCAGCAGGCUGCAGUUCUUGCCCAGCUAUCGCCGCGCAUGCGUGACCAGCUGCAACAACAACAGCAGCAGCAGCAACAGCAGCAGCAGCAGCAACAUCAGCAACAGCAGCAGCUGCAACGAUUGCCAGCACACAGCGACAACGAGGAGGAGGAGCAGGAGCCGGAGGAGGAGGAGGAAGCUGAGGAUGAUUUUGAGCGCAAGUCAGUGGAUUCAGCCAUGGAUCUGUCCCAAGGCACUCCGAUCAAGGAGGAGCCACAGCAACAACAGCGAACACUGAACAAUCACAUGGCAAUGAAUUUAAAGAUCAAGGACGAGGAUACACCGCUGAUCAGCAGCAGCAGCGCCUCCCGACGCAAGGGCCGUGUGCUGAAGUUGGACACGUUGCUGCAGCUGAAGUCCGCUGCAAUGUCCACGCCGGAGCAACAGCUCAAACUGCCAUCGAGUGUGCUGCCCACAGCCUCAUCUCCGAUCUCUGGCAGCAGUGCCAAUAAGCAGCUGGCGGAUGAUCCGUGCUCGGGUGCCAGCUCAGCGGAUGAGUCCAUGGAAACGAUGGGUCAUGUGCCACAGGUCAAUACGAGUGCCAGUUCAACGGCCUCCAGCUCCGGCAACAGCUCGAAUGCCAGCAGCAGCAGCAAUCCGACUCCAGCUGCAACAGUUGCCGCCUCAACCUCAGCCUCUGCGUCCGCGUCUGCAUCUGCAUCCGCGUCCGUGUCCAGCUCAUCCUCGAGCAGCAGCAGCAGCUCACCGGCCAUUUAUGAGUGCAAGUAUUGUGAUAUUUACUUCAAGGACGCCGUGCUCUACACCAUCCACAUGGGCUAUCACAGCUGCGACGAUGUCUUCAAGUGCAACAUGUGCGGCGAGAAAUGCGAUGGACCCGUCGGACUCUUCGUGCACAUGGCACGCAAUGCGCACUCCUAAGGAGCACCCACAGCACCCCACCCUCAAUUGUUAUUAGAUAUUAUUAUUAUUAACAUAUUUCGUUGUCCAGAAUUGUAAAUACUCGUAGUUUAGUUUGAUUUUGUUGUCGAGAAUUGUACAUAAGCCAAAAAAUGCACUAAAAUGCUAUCAACUAACUCUAGAAUUAAGUUCGAAAGAAAACCAAACUAAACCAAACCAAAACACAUUCAUGUUUAACUCUGUAACCGUAACUAAUAUAAUAUAUCUAUGUAGCAGCUAUCUAUCUAGUAUCUCUAUCUCUCUUUCUCUCAAUUCCUUGCUUUAUUUUUUUUUAAAUUAAGUCACAAAAACAUUUGCGAACCGAAUAACGACCCUGAAUAAGGUUUAAAAAUUUCAAAUGCGUAUUUAGCCUUAGUUUAAGUCAACUAUAACUUUAAUUUGUAAGCCUAGCCAGCAAAGAGUCCAAAGUCAAAUUACAAUAUCAGCAAUUAAUAUAUUAUUUUAUUUUUUAUAAAAAUAAAUGUUUAGUUCUAAAAAGAAACACGACUGUUUUUUUCUUUUUGAUUUUGAAACUAAUUUCAGUUUAAAGCUAAGUCUCGAAUUAAUAAAAGAUUAACAUAUAUUCAAAAAUAAUUUGAUUUUGAUCAUUUGUGAAACUCUUUCGGCAUAAUGACAAUAUUUUUGAUACCGAUCAAAAAGAAGUACAAAUAUAAAGAUUUUAUAAGAAAUCCACAAAUAAAUGUAAA